UUCAUCAGGUAACUCAUUUUAAAGUCUCCAAUAGCAUCAAAAUCUGAAGAAAUGGCUGGAUAAAUAUCUGCUCAAUAGCAUAACUCAGUAACACCACAAUUUUUGAUAUACAAAUGGAACUGUCAAAAUUGGCUGACAAAACCAUAAAAGUUAUUGAACUUCAAAUAGCUUCCCUCAGUUUUUUGUCAACUUAACACUUCAACUGAAAAGUUCAUGGAACCAUACUGCUGGAAAUGAUGCUUAUCAAUUUUUUCUGUUUCCAUUUCUCUGCCCAAAAACCCUAAACAAACAGAUAACAGAGGCACACAGACAAGGUUCUUGGCCUCUGAUGGCUGCUCCAUUUCCACACUUCCUACAAAAGCAUCUGCACAUGCAGCACACUAAAGCAGAAGUGUUGCAUGAAACUGCACAGAAAAGUCAAGUGGUGGCUGCUCAGGAAAGUAAGGCAAGAAAAUUCUACGAUGUCACGGCUGCCCUGUAAAACUGCCCCUGUGUCUCCUGUUGGAAUCUGAAAUUAUUACAAUCCACUGCCAAAAAAAAGACCAAUUGUCAUCUACACAUUUUUCAAGACUGAAUCAUUCAAGACUGUAUUAACCACAUUUUGUUUUACCAAUCCCCACACACAAAAAAAGGAGCUCAUUAGAAAACUGAGUGUCCAUGCCUGUAACUCUCAGUUUCUUAAAGCUCAAUUCAGUUCUUAAGAAGCCCAUGGAUAGCAUUAAACCUUUAUAUUUCAGGAUUAUAACAUACAUUGAUUCCAAUCAAUAACCUUGAUUUUGCAGAAACUUUGACCUGAAAAUUUUUCAGUGCAGACUGCAAAAUUCAGCAAGCCUGCUCAGAGAAAUUAUGAUAAAAUUUUGAAACAAGCAACUUGUACAAUGGAUUUCCUUUAUCUCCUGUUUAGGCUUGAAGAUAGUAUUAGCUAGGUUCUGGAACAAAGUGUUGAAAAAUACUGUGUAAUAUAUCAGUAAGUACAAAAAGUAAGUCUCAAGUUAAAGUUUGCUACACACUGGUACAAACCUCUCUGGUAAACUUCUGGGAUCUGCAAAUCAGUGAGGAUUAAAAGUUUUACCUCUUUCUCCCAUUAAUUUGUUCUUUUCCACAGAUCUAAUAGAACCUGUGCAUGGUUUCGUCUCCAAAAUUUGCACUAGAAGAUUUUAAAACUUAGCAUAAAAUUAAAAAAAAUUAAAAAGAAAAGUUAGAAAACAUAAUAUAAUCUGAUGGAUAGAAAAAUAAUCUCUCACUAGUGUUCACAUAUCAUAACCUAGGAUAUGAUAAAAGGGGAAAGGAGAUACUUCCAAUUAUUAAAUUACCUUUUUGGUUUUCAUAUUAAAGACAAUAAUUUAGCUUUAUGCUGAAUUAAUUCAUUCUUUUACAACUCAGAGACCUCAGAUAUUGUGUAGUUGUUUCUUUUUCUAUAAAGAAACCACACAAUAAUUGCAAUAUUUCACAAUGACAAAAAAUAAUUUCAAUUUUUAACUAUAUGAAACUGCCUGAGGUAUUAACAUUAUACAAAACUCUGAAAACUUCAGAUAAGUAUUUAAUAAUUGGCACUUUGACCCUUUAUCAAGACUAAGAAGGAAACAAAAUACUGAAUGAAAAAAGAGACUUCACAAUUACAUAUCAUAAAGGGUGGGUGUGGCUUGGCUAGCCACAAAGAUCACAUAGUUUGGUUUUUGAGGAGCUUUGGAAAACUGUAGAUUGUCAGAGAGAGAUGGCCACAGGAAGCAUAUCCUUAGAAAGUGUUUGGAUUCAGUAGAAGAAACUUCUCCACAAAUCCAAAUUUUUACAAGUCAUACCAAAAAAAAAAAAAAAGAGAGAGAGAGAGAAGACCAAACAAUCUAAAAGCCAGUGAGAAGUCAAAAUUUUGAUAAAAUGUUGGGGAUUACUGAGAUUUUUGUAGCUCUAGUAGCGUGUCUCCUGAUUUUGCAGUUCCUCAAGCUGCAAUGGAUGCGUACCCAGCUCCCUCCAGGACCAGUUCCCCUCCCCAUCAUUGGAAAUUUGUGGCUGCUGAACUUCAAACUUCGCCGAGAAACUCUCAGUAAGUUAACCCACAUCUACGGAAACAUCUACACUCUGUGGAUGGGACAGACACCUCUGGUUGUGCUGAAUGGAUACAAAGCAGUAAAAGAUGGCAUCGUCACCCACUCAGAAGAAGUUUCUGGAAGACCUCUCACUCCUUUCUACAGGGAUAUGAUGGGCGAGAAAGGUAUUUUCCUGACAAAUGGCCACACCUGGAAGCAGCAGAGACGCUUUGGCAUGACAAUUAUAAGAAGCCUGUCACUUGGUAAGAACAAUUUGGAGCAUCAAAUUCAAACAGAGGCCCGUCACCUUGUGGAUACCUUUGCAAAUACAAAAGGCAAACCUUUUGACCCCCACACUUCCAUCGUCCGUGCAAUUGCAAAUAUCAUUUGUGCUGUUGUUUUCGGGCAUUGCUUCUCCUGUGAGGAUGAAUCUUUCAGCAAACUCAUCAAAGCUAUUUAUUUUGUGAUCUACUUUCAAGGUACUAUCUGGGGCAGGGUCUACGAUGCCUUCCCAUGGCUCAUGCACCAUCUCCCAGGGCCUCAUCAGGAGGUGUUUGCCUACAACGACUUCAUGCACAGAUUAGUCAUGAACGAGGUCGAGGCUCAUGAGAGACAGAACACGGGUGAUCCACAGGAUCUCAUUGACUUCUACCUGGCUCAAAUAACAAAAACCAAGGAUGACCCUACUUCUACAUUCAAUAAAGAAAAUAUGGUUCAGACUGUGGUUGAUCUUUUGCUGGGAGGGACAGAAACAACAAGCACCACCCUUCUCUGGGCACUGCUCUACAUGGUACAAUACCCAGAAAUACAAGAAAAGGUUCAAAGAGAGAUGGAGGCUGUUCUGGAACCCUCCCACGUCAUCAGCUAUGACGACCGCAAGAAGCUGCCCUACACAAACGCUGUGAUUCACGAGGCUUUGCGCUACAGCAACGUCACCUCUGUUGGGGUUCCCCGACAGUGCCUGAGGAGCACAACUCUGCUGGGUUUUCACAUUAAAAAGGGCACGCUUGUGUUGCCAAAUCUGCACUCUGUGGUGUAUGACACUGAGCACUGGGCAACCCCUUGGAAGUUCAACCCAGAUCAUUUUCUAGAUUUGGAUGGCAACUUUGUGAACAAAGAGGCAUUCUUACCUUUCUCAGCAGGGCACCGUGUAUGUUUGGGGGAACAGAUGGCACGAGUUGAACUCUUCAUCUUCUUUACCAACCUCCUUCGAGCAUUUACAUUCCAGCUCCCCGAGGGAGUGAAGGAAAUCAAUCUGGAGUACAUUUUGGGUGCAAUACUGCAGCCACAUCCAUAUAAACUCUGUGCUAUUCCACGCUAGUCUGCAACACACUACAAUGCUGAGAGACUUCAACCUGUUAGUAAGAGCAGUUCCUUUAAAGACAUGUUUCACUAUCUCAGUUCUAUUCAGAUGGAGGUAGCUCAAUACAGCAAAUUAAGUGUUUUUAUUCUGGAGGUCUGACUGCAUCUACUGAACUUUCUGAAAUGAAAAUAAGUCUACUUGCCAAACUCAAAUAAUUGAGUCUUACACAAACACACAGUAUUUCCAAAAAAAUGCAUUUUCACACUCACAGUAGCAGUGAAUGAGCUGUGGGGUGUUAGAGAAGUGGCCUGUAUCAAGUAGUUUCCUGCAUGUACAGUGUCAGGUCAGUGUCACUCUUAAAAUGGGACAACUGGUUAGUAAGGAUGCUUGAAUCAAAUUGUCUUCAGUAAGCUGUUACUCUUCUGAGUUCACAGGUCUUUUCUUAGAUCUUCUUGCAGGAGGUAACAGAGUAUACACAACACUUAGUGUAGAUUCCUUUGCCUUUCACUCUCUCACAAAGCAUUAUAGAGUGCAGCAUAAACUUCACACACACAACAAUUAUUGUAGUAUGGGGCCUCUCAUAACCAUGGCCCAUUUAGAAAUCCUUACAUCUUUUUUUACUUCCUCCAUAUACAAUUUCUAUUUCAUCACAACUAGGGUCCCAUGCACUUUCACAUGCACCUUGCCUUCUGUUCAGAAACAUUAUAUGAUCCAGUCAUUUCCUACUUGAAAAGAAAGGAACAGCUUUUCAAGAAAUUAAGAAAAUAAAUGAUGUCAACAGUUGUUAUAGUAGGUACAGUAGAGAUUUAUUACUCAUGGUGUUUUCUUUCGUUCUUUUUCCAUAUGAACAGAUGUGGAAGGUUUUGACCAUUUAAAAUUCAGCUGAAAGCAUCCUAAAUCCUUUCAAUUUUCAAAAUUCAACAGGAGCUAGCAGAAAUUAUGGCAGGAUGUAGUUAAAAGCAAAAACAGAAUA